AUGGAGGCCCUUGUGCUCAAGUCACUGAGUAAGUUACGUAAGACGUGUACCCGCAGUCACCGCGAGUUACGUGAUAUGGUAGACGCAGCACAGGCCAAAGCUAUAGCUGCAAGUCAGAAUGAUACACUGGAAGUACCUUUUGAGCCAUUUUUAUUGGCAUGUCUUACUCGCCACGCGAAACUUGUGGCCGUGGCCUUGGAUUGUAUGGAAAAGUUUUUGGCUUUUGGAUUUUUGAAAGAAGCAGGUGCAUUCCCUGAAGGUGUUAGACGGCGUCUCGUACAGAAAGCAGCGGCUUCGUCCGCGUCUUCAGGUCGUCGGUCAGGUUUUGCCCUCGGACUUGGCUCGGGGUCUGGAUCUGGAACGGCUCCACCCGGGUCCGUUCCAACUCCGACAUUUGGUCUUUCGACACCAUUAGGUAGCAAUCGGGAUGUUAGUGGAGAAGACGAUGCGAAUGAAGACAAUUACCGACUUAUUGACUGCAUUGUCGAAGUUGCUUGCGACUGUAACGAUCAUUCAGACGAAGGAGUUCAAAUUCAAGUGUUACGAGUUUUGUUAACAGCUGUGACGACUCCAACGUGUGAAGUUCAUGAACAUGCGCUGUUGAGAGCUGUUAGGGCAUGUUAUCACGUGCAUUUAGUAAGCAAAAGUGCCACUAAUAGGACUGUUGCCAAAGCCACGUUACAGCAGAUUAUCAGUAUCGUAUUUCAGCGAAUGGAAACUUUCGAUCGACGUGUCGAAGAAGAGACUAUCUCUACAUUACAUGCGUUGGAGAAACAGGAAAGUGAGCCGCAGAGUCAAGUAGAAGAAAAUCAGCUUGUAGGACAAGUCCAUGAUCUGAGUGAAAGUGACAGUGACGACGAAACACUUUUAAAAACCCUUCGUGCAGAGCGCACUGCUGCUUGGUACCCAUCUGUCGCUAUACUGUUUCGCUCUACUACGGCACGUCAUGAUAAACAAUCGGAAGCUUCAAUGGCCAGGAAAAAUACGUCAGCAGAAACGCUAGCACAGCCAGCAAACACUCCUGCUUUCCCGUCUGUUCUACACAAAGAUGCGUUCUUAUUAUUUCGGUCCCUCUGUCGAAUCUCAAUGCGAUCCGUGGCGGAUGAUGGAGCUAACGCAUCUCCGACUGGAAUUGCAGGAAAUGCUGCGAAUUCAGAGGAUCCAUUCGCGUUUCAGAGUAAGAUAUUGUCACUGGAUCUCUUAAAAGAGAUUGUCGAGAAUGCUGGUCCAUCGUUUCGACGCGGUGAACGCUUUGUGCACGCAAUUCGACAGUAUUUAUGCCAGUCACUACUUCAAAACUGCACGAGUAAUUACACACAGAUAGUAUCCAUGUCGUUGCAAGUAUUUCUUGUUCUACUUCGCAAUUUCAAGCGCCAUUUAAAGACUGAAUUGGACAUUUUUAUUACGAGUAUCUUUCUACGUUUAUUGCAGUCGGAAAAUGCUAGUUUUGAACACAAAUUGCUCGUUCUCGAGGCGCUUCAUGCCAUUUGUGACGAUCCACAAACGCUGGGGGAAAUUUUUAUCAAUUACGACUGCGAUUGGAACACAAAUGAUUUAUUUAAACAGAUUGUACAUGCACUGGCCAAAGCUGCAAAGGGAAGUCGAUCGCAAGAUCCCGCCGCGCAGCAAUAUGCAGCCAGUUUGUCUAGUAGUGCCAGAGUCAAAAUGUUGCAACAGGACGCUGCUCUUGCUCUCAAAGGUUUGGAGUGUCUUACCGCGACGACUGCUUCGUUAAAAAAAGCGGCCAAUUGUGUUGAAGUCGAGCGACAGUCAUCUCAGCAGGAAGGAGAAGAGUCUCAUACCAAUGAAAUUGGUAACGAAGAAGAUAUUGUCGCUCCUCCAGAUCUACUUCCAGUUGUGUCGUCCACCAUGUCUGCCGUUGAGGCUUUUGAGAGUAAAAGAAAACGGCAAGAAGAGAUGGCGACAGGAAUUCUUAAGUUCAAUGUAAAACCCAGUGCUGGAAUAGCGUAUCUUGUUGCGCAUGGCCAUAUGGGGGAAGGAUCACCUCGAGAUGUGGCGCAAUUUCUACAUUCUUCAAGCGAUAAAUUAGACAAAACUAUGGUAGGCGAUUAUCUUGGCAACGGUGUUCAUUAUCAAGGAGGCUUUUGCGUCAAAGUUCUCCACGAAUACGUUGAUAUGAUGGACUUUACGGGCUUGGAAAUCGAUAUUGCUAUCCGCCACUUUCUUGCAGGCUUCCGCUUACCUGGUGAAUCGCAGAAAAUUGACCGAAUGAUGGAGAAAUUUGCUGAACGCUUCUUCAACGCUUGUCCACCAGGCUUGUUCCCGAGUGCUGACACUGCAUUUAUUCUGGCGUUUUCGAUCAUCAUGCUACAGACAGAUUUACACAACCCAAGUAUUGCUGAGGAAAAAAAAAUGGACAAAGCAGGAUUCUUACGCAACAAUCGGGGUAUAAAUGAUGGCAAGGAUCUACCGGAGGAUUAUAUGGGAGCGAUCUUUGAUCGAAUCAAAGCAACGCCGAUUUCACUCAAAGAAGACGAUGACUUUCGUAAUCGACGGGGCGUCACCGUCCCAAGUGCGUCUAGCUCGUUGUUCGGAGCUUCCAAUGCAGCAACAGAUCGCAUGCGACGUGAUGCUUACAUUAAAGAGCGUGAGUCUAUGGUGCGUCAGUCGGAAGCGCUAUUCAAACGACGAAUUCCAGCAUCGUCACGAACACAACAUCACUCGCCGAUGACUUCUCGAGGCCCUCGACUUAGUGGUGCAUCAGAUGGAUCGUCAAGAGCAUAUCCUACUCAACGCAGUGAGGGUGUGUCGUCGUUGUUGACACCUGAUCCGAUAUCAUCGACAUUUCACGAAGUCUCGGGAGCAAAUGAGCGCUCACAUGUUCGUCCUAUGUUUGACACGUUAUGGGCUCCGCUCUUGGCAGCAUGUUCAGUGACAUUUGAGAGCUCUGAGUCAGCCGAAGCCAUCCAAUUAUGCUUGGACUCGUUCCGCCAUGCUGUUCACUUGUCUGCGAGACUAGGUAUGCCGGCAGAAAGGGAUGCAUUUGUGACAGUAUUAGCUAAAUUCACGGCACUUCACACAACUAACUCGCGGUUGAUGCGGUCUAAGAACAUGGAAGCUAUCAAGGCUCUUAUUUCGAUCAGUGUGAAAGAGGGUAAUUAUCUUGGAGAUUCGUGGCAUGACGUGCUUCAAGCCAUUUCUCAAUUGGCUCGCAUUCAGACGCAUGCGCAAGGUUUACAUGAACGUUUGGGUGCAGGAUCAUUUCAUGGUGAGUCUUCGUAUUUUAAUCGACAGCCUUCUCCAGGUAUGACGGGUCAUUUAAGCUCUCGCAACAGCAGCACGAGCUCAGCAUCGUCAUUUAGUGUGCUCGGCUCGGCUGCUAGCAGUAAGCGCGGAAAUAUGCUAUCGUCUCCGUCUCCGUCGCAUCGUGAGUUAAGUGGCCGUAACAGCGGCUCGGAGCUGGACGAAGCGCAUGGGGCAGCCAUUGAAGACGAAAAUGCAGCUCGUGUCCUCAGUGAGAUCGACCAAUUAGCAAGUGAUCGUGUCUUUUCAAGUUCUGUAUCGCUAAGCGACCAAGCGCUUCAAGAUUUUGUCCUUCAGCUCACGGUGGUCUCGCUCUCCGAGUGUUCAGGCGUAGGUCCUUCAGGCACAGCUGGUGGCUCUCCUCCUCGUGUUUUUAGCUUGCAAAAGCUUGUGGAAGUCGCAGAUAUGAACAUGCGAACCCGAUCACGCAUGGUCUGGGCUGCGACGUGGCAAACUUUGUCACGGCAUUUUACAACAAUUGGAUGUCACGAAGACUUAACUGUCGGUAUGUAUGCGAUUGACUCGUUGCGUCAGCUGAGCAUGAAAUUUCUUGAGCGCGCCGAGUUGCGUGAUUUCAACUUCCAACGUCUUUUCUUGGCGCCAUUUGAAGUGAUUAUGGCCAAUGCCACGUCGCUCGAAACUCGAGAGCUUGUUUUGCGAUGUGUGGAGAAUCUCGUAUUGGCUCGCGUUGGCAACAUUCGCUCUGGCUGGAAAACGAUAUGGGGUGUCUUACGUGUUGCUGCCGAAACGUAUGCACCAGGAAGUGAAGACCGCGUCGUGUUGUUGGGCUUCCAGGUAGCACGUGGCGUACUGGAGCGACACUUUGACUGUAUCGUAGACGUGUUUGUCGAUGCUGUGGAAUGUCUACUGGCAUUUGCCGUGUGUGGAUGUGAAGAGGUCGAGCGUCAAUCAGAGGAGCGACUGACGCUCACAAAGCUUGGAGUUGACAGUGCUGGAUUGAUACGAAAUGUGUGUAUUGAAAAGCUGGCAACCGGUGAGGUCAUUGAGCCGCUCUUCGCGCGAGAAACGGUCGGCUCGCUAUCAAUAACUGCUCCUGUGACGGCGGCAGCAGCCGCUGCUGCUGCCAAGCAAGCAGCUCGCGUCGGAUUUAAAAAGGUUAAGGUUUCAGCGGAGGAUCCAAUAGCGGAUGGAAAUACAGCUGCUGGAGUCCAGUCGCCUUCAAAACGUACUUCGGUGCGCUAUCAAAAGCAAGAAUCGGUGCGCUCGUUGGAAGAAGAAGUGGCAGAGCUGUCACCUCGAAAAGAGGGAGCAUCCGCUUUUUCAUUCAUAUCUCCACGCAGAAGAGCAGAUUCUGUUGAAACACAGGAGGAAGAGCAGGAAGUGAGUGGAGCAGUAUACAACGACUCAGCUGUGCAUACGCGCAUGUGGUGGCCUGUACUCACGGCUUUAUCGACGCUUGCUGCUGAUCGCCGCCUGGACGUGCGUCUUGCAGCUCUUGACGCAAUGUUUGAUGCGCUGGAAAAGCACGGCAACAAGUUUUCAUCUGGACUUUGGGGACUUAUUUUUAAAGGCGUUCUCAUUCCCCUACUCGACGAACUUCGUCAUCUUGAAGUGGUAGUAGAUAAGGGGACGCUUAGACAACCUAAGCUUCCUAUACUUUCACGUAUUGAUACUUCUCGUAUGCCUCCGUAUACGGCUGGAAAGACUACAGCAACGCUAUGCCUAGAGCGGCUGCUGGAGUGCUUUGGUCUCUUUUACGACAUUGUGGGGUUCUUGCCAGAAGUGUUGUUCUUGCUAGGCAAGUGUAUGGAUGCUGGUGAUGCUGAAGAGCAGCUUGCAAUCGCUUCGGCACGUGCACUAGAAGUCGUGCUUGUGAAACACGGGCACAAAUUUCCGGAGGAUGUUUGGGGAAUGAUCGCCGACGAGCUGCGCAACGUCAUGAAGCGUGCCGAGCCCACAUGGAUCUUCUUUGCGAUACCUCAUGAAGAUGACAAAGUAACUGUGGCCAAUCUCGCGUCACCACGUCAACCUUCGUUUUUAAGUUUGUAUCCAGGUGUCAUCACAACAUUGGGCUUUACAUUUGCUGCCAACUUUCCUCCAAGGAUGAUCAGUGUGGAAGAAGUCGGAGCGCAACGAGUGCCUUCGCAUACGCAUUUGUCGGUACUCUUGGCGUUGCAGCGAGUUGCUGGUAAUGUUCUAGCAAACCGUCGAAUAGAGAAUUUAUCUCUAAGCGCUGGUCACGCACGCUCACUGCUGUCGUGUUUACGUGAAAGUUUUCUGUUUGCGCGUAAAGUAAAUGAUGCAAUGCAAUUGCGUCGAUAUUUUCAACGUGCUGGCUGGCGGUAUGGGAUGACGGUGUCCUCAUCGACGCAAUUACCGAGUUUAUUACCACAAGAAGUUACUGGAAAGCAGCAGUAUCUUCAUGUUCUUCUUUCUACUCUUGUGCAAUGCGUCAAUGGUGUAAAAGUUGCACCGAUAGGAGAACAAGAAGAAGCUCGAAAGUACAUGGUACGCUUGCUACAAGAAAUAUUUCAGGAAUUUUUGGCUUGGACAGAGGUCGCCCCGCAGUACAUUGGUGAGUCAAACAUGCCUGUGGACGCACAACAGCGUGUCGAAAGCUUUACACCAUUAUUAGUUGCGACGUUGAAGGAGCUGGCGGAUUUCGACAAAGCUGAGCUGCAACACCAUAUGUCGUGGCUAUACCCGCUGCUUACGGACCUUGUCAAGGUAUCAAAUGCAGAGGUGCGAGUAGCGCUAUCUGGUGUGUUUAGCAAAGCAGAUAUUCGGAGUAAGUUUCUUUUACAAGGUGACGCUGACUUGUUCCGUGUAGCUUCCACAUUCUUGGUAUGCCCAAAACGCUGUAUUUGGGUUGAACAGUUGCACUUAUGCUGUGAGAGACACUAUAGCACAGAAGCUGUUCCACAUAAUGGUCGAGAGUUGUUUUUCUAUAAAAAAUAG